AUGCCUAAAUCUAGCCAAACCCCUUCUAAAGCUAAAUCAUCAUCCAAGACUGAAGACAAAUCCAAGAACAUGAAGCCCAAAUCAAAGAAAAGUGUCAAAGCAUCAAGUGAACCCGCACCAACACCUGCUCCUUCUCCAUCUAUAUCCUCCAAUGUACCUAUACCAUCAUCCAUUGUUCCUGAUGCUCUCACCAUCCCCACCUCUACUGGACCUUCACUUUCAAAACCAACUACCCAUGCAUCUGUUCCUACUUCAAAAAAUACCUCUAAGUUAACCAAGAUCAAGGCUACCUCAAGAAAGUCUGUCAAGAAUGUUAAGGUAGUGCCUGAUGCUACUUCUCAAGUAGACACAAUGGUCAAGGAAGCUAUGGUUCAGGGGGAAUCAAUGUCAAUCACUACAAGUCAGAAAGAGGUAGAUACCACUAUUGUGGUGCCUGUGGUUGAGGGGGAAGAGAGUAAAGAACCAGUGCAAAAGGAGGCAUCUGAUGGCCUUUCAUUCAGUUGGGCAGAAGAUGAUGAUGAUAAUGGGGGUGAAAAGGAAGAAGGAGUUGUGGGCAGUUAUGAGGAACAUACUACUCAAGACAUCUCUAAUGAAGAGGAAAAGAGUGAGAAUAAGGGAGAUUUUGGUAAAGAGAAGGAGAGGAAGAAAUCCAGGAAGACUCAUGUAAAAGCAACAAAGUCUGCAGUCCCAACAAGAAAAGAAGUGGCUCCUCCUUCCAGGACUACUCUUACAAAGAGUAAAAGAAAGGUUGUUGAUGAACAAAUCAUUAAGGAGUUCAGAGGUGGCAAGAAGCCAAGGAAGCAAGUUUCAGUUGUGGAACAUAUGGUUGAAUUGGACGGAGAAGAUGAGUCUAAGGCUGCUUUGCCAGAAAAGUCCUCCACACAAAAGAGAAAGGUUUCCAAAGCUACAAAAACCGCUACCCCAUCUACAAGGGCCAAUAGAGGAAAGAAGAGAAAGAAUGUGCCAGUUGUGGUUGAUAGACUCACAGAGUUCAGGAACAGAAAAGUGCUCAUGGGAAGAUUCUUGCAAACACUGAUGAAAAAGGGAUGGCUCAACUAG